AUGUCUGCCAUUAUGGCUACUUUCUCGUUGGCCCAGAUAGCCCCCCAUGUGCAAGCCUUCGCUGAAGGGUGUGCUGCUGGUGGGAAGAUCUAUCCGCUGUUCGAGGAGAAGGCCUUGAUCGAGCCAGAGGUGCGUCGUUUGGCCGACAUGGACGAGGCUGAGGCUAUAAAACCGCCACAACUUGACACUUUCGAGUUGGAGAAGGUGAAGUUCAACUAUCCUGCUAGACCGGAACUACAGGUCAUUAAAGGCGUGUCGUUGAAUAUCAAACGUGGUGAGAAGGUAGCCUUCGUUGGUGAGUCCGGCUCGGGCAAGUCUACUCUGGUGCAGCUCAUUGAGAGGUUCUACGACCCCGUGGAGGGACGGGUUCUGGUCAAUGGUGUUGAUAUCAAGAGUAUGCCAGUCCACCAGCAUCGUGCUUUGUUUGGUUAUGUUGGGCAAGAGCCCUUCUUAUUCGCCGACAGCAUUCGCAACAACCUCACGUACGGGCUGGUUGGCAAGAAUCUCCCCUCGGAGGCGGCCAUCAGAGAUGUAUGCAAGAAGGCCCAGAUUCUCGACUUCAUCGAAUCGCUGCCGCAAGGGUUUGACACAUAUGCUGGUCCUGGCGGUAGUCAGGUUUCGGGUGGUCAAAAACAGAGGAUUGCCAUUGCGAGGGCCCUUCUGCGCCAUCCUCAAAUUCUCUUGCUCGAUGAGGCUACGUCAGCUCUUGAUAAUGAGAGUGAGAAGAUGGUUCAAGCUACUAUCGAUUAUUUGCAAACGACAGUCAGCAUCACGACCAUCUCGAUUGCGCAUCGUCUCUCUACUAUCAAGAACUCUGAUAAGAUCUUUGUCAUGCAUCUGGGGAAUUUGGUCGAGCAGGGAAAUCAUGAGGAGUUGAUGGCCAUGGCUGGGGUGUACAGUGCGUUGGUGUCGGCUCAGGCUGCGGCGAGUACUGAGCACUCUGCUGAGGCUCAUGCUGAGCGCAAUCGUCGCUCUUUGUCGGCUGCCGGGGAAAUGUUACGUAAGGCUAGUUCUCAGAGGAAGCAGUCUGAGUUGACUCUAGGGGGUGUAGCCGAGGAGGAGGACCAGGACUUCGAGAACAGGUUGUUGGGUAAAACUGAGGAGGAGAUUGAGGCGGAACGUAAGAAGUUGAUUUCGAAGUCGUACAAAACUCCGUGGAAGCGUCUGAUCGGUUUGAGCCGGAACGAGAAGUGGUGGUUCAUCCCGGCUAUCUUUGGUGCCUUCAUCUCGGGUGCUGGUUUCCCGUUGAAUGCGUUGCUUCUAGCCCAUGCACUUACCGCUUUCUAUUACCCUCCGUUGCUGAUCAUGGAUAGAGUCAGCACAGUGUCGUUGUAUUAUGUGGGACUGGGCGCGUUGCUCUUUGUCGGACAUGUGAUGCAGUCGUUGGGGUUCUCCGUCAUUGGUGAGAACUUCACGUGUAAUGUUCGUAAGCAGUGCUUUAACAAGAUAGUUGAGCAAGAUAUGGGCUUCUUUGAUUUCCCCGAGCACGCGGCUGGUAAGCUGACGGCUUCCUUGUCGACCUAUGCUGUGAAAAUGAACUCCAUCACUGGAGCCUCGCUGGGUAUUUACGCCCAGGCUGUGACUGGUAUGGUCGUAGGUGCGGUCAUUGGGUUUACGGGCUCUUGGCAGCUGACUCUGGUUAUGCUCGCUAUGGUGCCCUUCCUGGGCAUCGCUGCGAAGGUGAACAUGUCUGUUAGAGUUGUGGGCAAGAAGGAGCAGGAUGAGCUGAAGCAAGCUCAGCUAGUUGCAUCAGAGGCCAUUCAGAACAUGCGCACGGUAAGAGCGUUUAUGGCAGAGUCGUGGACGGUGGAGGCGUAUGAUCGUUAUGCUGCUAGAUCGAGUAAUACUAGUUUCUCAGCGGCAUCAGUUCGGGGUCUCACUUUUGGUGCUUCCAACUGUAUCAUCUUUCUUGCCUAUGCUAUCGGGUUCUAUUAUGGUGGCCAUCUUAUGGUGUAUGAGGGUCUGAGCUACACUCAUAUGCUGCAGGCGUUGAUGGGCAUCAUGUUUGCUGCUAUGGCUGUUGGGCAGGCUAUGGCCUUCCUGCCUGAUGUCGCCGAGGCUAAGGUUGCUGCUCAUGACGUGUUCGAAAUCCUUGACACGGAGUCUAAGAUUAACGCGGUAACUCCUGAUGGGACCGUCUGUGUUCUUGGUGAUGGUAUUAUCGAAUUCAAAGAUGUUCACUUUUCAUAUCCGACCCACCCGGAAGUUGAAAUUCUAAAGGGGGUCUCCUUCCGUAUUGAGCCUGGUCAGCAAGUGGCUUUUGUUGGGCCUUCUGGUAGCGGUAAGUCCACAGUGAUGGCUCUCAUGCAGAGGUUCUAUGAUGUUAAUGGCGGCAGUGUAUGUGUUGGAGGAUCGGAUAUUCGUAUGCUGGACAUCUCCUGGUGGCGAGGCAAGAACGGUUAUGUUGGUCAAGAGCCUGUGUUGUUCGACAUGACUCUUGCUGAGAAUGUCCGUUACGGUAAGGAGAAUGCGUCUAUGGCUGAGCUGGAGAAGGUUGCUAAUAUGUCCAAUAUGGAUUAUGUUACUUCUAUGGGAGGCAGCGUGAAGUGGGACGACCCGAUGGGCCCGAAAGGUUGUCGUCUGUCGGGCGGUCAGAAGCAGAGAGCAGCUAUUGCCAGAGCUCUUGUGAGGGAUCCUCACGUUAUUUUCCUCGAUGAGGCUACGAGUGCAUUGGACUCUACUAGUGAGAAGAUCGUCCAGAAUGCCAUUGAUGCCGCCUCGGUUGGUCGUACCAGUGUCACAAUCGCUCAUCGUUUGUCGACAGUUCGAAAUUGUGAUGUAAUAUAUGUUGUUGCUGAUGGCAAGAUCGUCGAAUAUGGUGACCAUGAUGCUCUUCUUGCUAAGGGUGGAGUGUAUUAUGAUCUCUUCACCAAGGGGCAAAAAUGA